GCUGUACAUUGCAUGUAUACGCAGUAUCGAUAGCGGUUAAUACUCCAGGGGUGUGACUGCCGAGUAUUAUCGGGCCAUGGUAUUGCAGGAAAAAGAAUGAUGUCAACAGUGAGGCUGAUGUGUUUGUAAUCCCAUUCGGUUCCUGGACCAGGUCGGAAGCGGGUGGAUUCUGGUGGAAAUCUCCAAGCUUGGUGUAGUCAUAAUGGAAUAUGUCAAAAGGGAAUUUCGGCUAAAAAACUUUGGCUUUUGCGACACAUCACCGGAGGAGUUUUACCGAUUUCAGUUCUACUGGCCAGGUCAGCCGACAAGCUAUGUUGUCUACCGUGUAAUCCUCGCUUUCUACCAGACCCUGUGGAACUCCUUGGUCAUCAUUUACUGGGACGAUACUCGCUUCUAUCGGCCUAUCGAUAACAAAGCGAAAUGGCCGAUAUAUCUGUCGAACUGGUCGUUUUUCUUCCUCACCUUGUAUUUCGUCAUAGCUGCGGCGUCUGCUGUGACGUAUCAUUUCAACAAGAACAAGGCUAAAGUAUCUUCGACAUCGCCAGAGUCAGUUCGAUUGGAAUCAAUCAAGACAACUUCACCGAUUCUACCCACAACCGGGGAUCCGUCAGAACCGGACUCCUCCCCCACCAGCCGACCGUUACCAUGGUACUUCAAGGUCACGUGGUGCCUCCAGACCAUUGCAUCAUCCGCCGUCCUCUUCGUUGCCAUGGGUUACUGGUUCUUCGAAUACGACCCGGCGCUGGAGAAACUCCACGUCUUCACCCUCCAUGUGCACGCCGUCGGGACGGUUCUGGCAAUAAUCGACUUUACGGUUUCCGCGCAUCCGUUCCGGAUACUCCACUUCGUCUAUCCGAUGUUAUAUUUCACGGUGUAUGUGAUAUUCACCGUCAUUUACUACUACGCGGGGGGUCUAAACCCGUACGGCGGCAAGGAGAUGUACGAGGGGUUGAUAGAUUGGGAAGAUGGUGUGAAACCAAGCGUCUUCAUGGCUUUAAUGUUUACCUUGGUGGUUGGUCCCGUGUUACAUGCCAUGUAUUUUGGACUGUACCUUCUGCGUCGUCUCGUGGCCGGAGAGAUUUCGGUGUCGUGUCAGCGGUGUCGAAGGGAUAAAGGAAGUGAUAGGGAUGACAGAACGGGAUGGACAGGCGAUGAAGAAAAGGACGAGGAUCGAAAGAGACUGGACAAUAAUAUUGGAAAUGGCAUCGCGGAAUACUAAUAAUGUUGUAUGUGUCGAUAUGCACAAUUAAUAAUUCGUGGCGUCUUAGGACCUAUCUAAUAAUGGUGAUAAUGCUGCUGCAUGAUGAUGAUGAUAUGAUGGUGAUGAUGAUGAUGAUGGUGGUGGUGGUA